CAGUUUUUUUUUUCUGCUCUUGGGACAUCAAACGAAAACCAGGACAACAAAGUGGGAGAAUUCUGAAUCCGGUUUCCAACGACCGGCUCGAUCGCAUACCCGCCGUCCGGUAUCGUUUCUUGAUCGUGGAUUUCAAUGGAGAGUUAACUGUUAUUCAAUUCGGUAAUUGUUGAUUUAUUUGUCGAAAUCUCAAUGAGGGUCUGUGUUUCCGAGGAGGGAUCAGGUUCGGCUUUGGGAGCUUUUAUUUUAUUUUUUUAUUUUUACAAUCUUGUUUUGGUGUGCGCUGGGUUUGGGAUUCUGUGAUGUUAGACUUUAGGGAAGGAGAGUGUGCUAGGGGGUGUUAGGGUUUUGGGGUUUGGGCAAGGAUUAGGGUUUGGGUGGGAUGGUGGAUAUGGAAGGGAUUACCGAGCUCGAGGAAGGCGAGGCUCUCUAUUUCAAGGAUGACGACGAUAAGAAAAUUGAUCCUGACAUCGCUCUCUCUUACAUUGAUGAGAAGAUUCAACAUGUUCUCGGCCAUUUUCUAAAAGAUUUUGAAGGCGGGGUUUCUGCUGAGAAUUUGGGGGCAAAAUUUGGUGACUAUGGCUCAUUCUUACCAACCUAUGAACGCUCUCCUUCUAAGUGGUCUCGUCUAAAAAGUCCACAAAGAAACUACAAUGCACCUAGAUCUUCAAACGAUCUACCCAUCAAGGGUGUCUCUCAGAAUUUGAAAGCUCCCUCGAAUAUAGCCCCAUAUUUGAGGCUUGGGACUGCUUCCCGUAGUGCCCAUCAAUUGCAUAAUUCAAGGGUUCCUUCUGCAGAUGUUUCCAUCAAACAAAGUCAAGUUGCCGAGAAGAGUCCCUCAAAAGAUGAAACAUUCAAUGGACCAGGCAACCCAACCGAUCAAAGAAUACUUAAAGUUCGAAUAAAAGUGGGUUCUGAUAACUCUGGACAGAAGAAUGCAGCAAUUUAUAGUGGUCUUGGACUUGAUUACUCUCCAUCUUCAUCAAUGGGGAACAGCCUGGAGGAUAGUGGAGGAACGUCACCCAUAUCUCAAGAGACUGUUGAUAAGUCUCCGACUAGCAUCAUCUGGGAAAUGACGUCCCUCCCCAUUCUUGGGGGUGUACUCAUAUCACCUCUUCAUGACAGUCUGCUUUGCUUGAUGAGAAAUGAAAAAGUGUGUUGUGUAAGUAAACCCAUGCCACCCCUCAAAGGUCAUCAAGAACACUCUGCUUUGUUAUUAGAUGGGUCGGUUUCAAUGAGAGGAAAUAACAAAGUGUUAAAGGAAAAAGGAACAAAAUCAGUGGGGAAAAGUGAAAGACUGGUAGAAUUGAAGCGUCGUAAUGAUACAGAUUUUGAGGAUGACACGACAUUAGAAAUGAAGAAAAUAUCAGUAGAUGAAACCAUGGAAGCAAAGGAGCUUUUCUCCGGUAACUUGAAAUGCACACAGGUUUCCAAGUCAGCAUUUGAUGUUUGUGAGUCUAUCAAACCAGCUGGUGGGGCUUCUGAAGUUUCAUGGGAGAGUAACGAGGAUGGUGGGAAAAAUAAAAUACUUUACUCUGAAUUAGUGAAAGAGGAAUCUUUAGAGUCGAUAUCUGGCCAGGAACGUGGCAAGAGUGAGAAGCGAAAUCCUAGGAGUGGUUUAGUGGAGAAAUUUCAAGGAAAUAAUGUGGUAAGUUCUCACAGGGAUGUUUUAAUUGACUGUAAGGAUGAUGGCAAUGGUCUGAUAAUUUCUGCCUCCGUAAAAGGUUACUCCGAUGAGGCCAAAUGUAUGGAAGAUCUAAAUCCUCGAAAGGAGAAGGUUGGCUUCAAAGCUAAAUUGCAUGAAGAUGAUGACGUUAAUGUUCCUUUUAAGACUGAAAGGUUGUCAUUUGAAGGCAACAAUAAGUCAAAAGGGGCGCAAAGUAACGGCAAGCCAGCGGCUGUUUCAACAAAGGAAAGCUUGAGUCUUCUUACAAGCGUAGAACCACAUGAUAAAAAAAGUACUAGUUAUGGUGUUAUUGACUGUAAUAGUAAAGUUCGAAGGAAAAAGUCACAGAAGGAUAAUAAGGGCAAAGAUGGUCAUGGAGAUUCAAUAUCGCCUAUGAAUUUGAAAGAGAUAGAUAAUCAAAUGGAUCCAGUGGGGAGGCCGUGGGGUGAUAGACCUAAAGAUGCUAAACUUGGUGAUUUUGAAAUGCAACAAAAUGUGUUCUUGGAUAAAAGAAAGGGAAGAUCAAGUAGUAAGAAAGUUGAUAAGCAGUCAGUAUCUGGGGCAUCUAACAAAAAUGCUUCAACAGUAUGUCCUAUUGCAAAAAAUGGUCUCACUUCUGAGAUGGCACCAACAAUGGCGGUUCCUGUUGUUAUAGAAGAACAUUGGGUACAGUGUGACAGUUGUCAGAAGUGGAGGCUUCUUCCUUAUGGUACAAAGCCAGAGCAACUACCUGAUAAAUGGUUGUGUGGCAUGCUAAAUUGGCUGCAUGGUAUGAACCGAUGUGACAUUAGUGAGGAGGAGACAACAAAAGCCCUCAAUGCAUUGUAUCAUCUACCAGUUUCUGAGAUUCAGAACAACUUGCCAAAUCAUGUCACUGGAACUGCACUGGGACCAUCCUUUGGUGAUGUUCAACAUCUUGAGAGUCACCAGAAUUUGAGUUCCCAUGCCAUCUCUAAUCAAGUAAAGAAAAAACAUGGUUUCAAGGAAAGAGCAAAUGCAGUAACCAUUGGUGGCCACUACAGGAUCUCGAACUCAGCAAAGAAUAAGGUACAAGAUACAGUGAAAAGCAGAAGCUUAAAUGGCACAAACCAGCAUCAUGUAGAACCAAAUCCAAUGAAGAGAUCUAGUUCUCAAGCUUUGAGCACAUUGCCCGACUUGGUUGUGGAAAAAGACAUACUGAAUCAGAGAGAAAAGCCAAUUAAUGGAGCUGCAGGUGAUGUGAGAAAAAUAAAAAUGAAAAGCAAGAGGGAGACUGAUGAAUAUGGAUGUGGAACCUCUAAGAAGUCCAGGACAGAUGAUAUGCAUGCCGAUAAACAUCUGACAUCCAAAAUGGACCUUGGGAGGGUGCACAUCAAUUCAAGUACUGCAAUGCCAACUAUGAGAAGUGGAAAGGAUAUCCAUAAAUAUGAUGAAUUGUUAUCUGAAGACAUAAAAUGUGAUGUCAAUGACAAGGUGCUAGAGUCUCUUAAGAAACUGGGAUACAAAGCACAGGUCUCAUCUGAUGGUGGGUCCUUGGGAAUGCAAGUGUCUAGCAAAAAAGAUGCGUCUGUGAAGAAAAGGAAAAUGAAGAAUCAGGAGUAUAAUGAAAAUGAGAUAGAUACAUUUCAAAAUUCUAUACCUGAUGGCAGGGUAUAUGAGAAAGAAGUAAGUAGUGAAAGUGGAUUCAGGAAGGACAAGAAGUUCAGAUUCUCGAAGACUCAGGUGAAGGAGUCUAGCACCAGUGAUGCAGAUGAUAAGUCAAACAAAAAAGGUAAGAUGCCAGAAGUUAUCUUGUCAGACAUUAGCGAUCAUCCGGUUGGUUUGCAAGAAUCUAGGAGAAAUGAUAAGGACCAGCAGCUCCGGAAACAUAAAAAGAAGAUUGCAUUGGAACAGACUCAGAAAGUUGUGGAUUCGUUGAGGAGGGAUUUGGGAUCUGGACAGGUUUCAGCCGCAGCCAAUUCAAGCUCUUCAAAGGUUUCAGGAUCCUAUAGGACUAGAGCCAAUGUUGAAGACAUGAAAGGCUCUCCUGCGGAGUCGGUUUCAUCUUCUCCUUUGAGGUCCUCUAAUUUAGCAAGAGGGGACUUUACAGACAAUACUGGGAAAAACGAUGCAAUGAAAACUGGUCUCCCUGGCAUGGGUGAUUUCAGAAGAUGCUCAGAUGGGGACAGUAAUGCUGUGAUCAAUCUUUCUGGGACUGUGAUUCAUUCUGAAUCCCAUAAAUUUUCUGCACUAGAGUAUAGGAAUACAGAUGCUAGUCACCAAUUCAGUGGUAAAGCCAAGCCUUUUUCUGACAUUGGGAAUAGCCAUUUGCUUAAUGGCACUGUUGAUAUUGUCGAGCAAAAUGUCCAGUUCCUCAAUGAUGUGCAUGCUGCAGAACAUAGCUAUGAUGUGGUUCAAGUGAAGAAGAACCACCGUGACAAUGCAGUUCUUCAGAAAUCUGGAAAGGAUACCCCCUCACGAUCUAGGGGCAAGAGCAGCAGUUCCAUUUCUGAGUUUGAUAGAGAUAAGAUAAAUGUUUUUGAGACAACAGCUGAUGUUAAAGACAGUUCUCCUAAAGACCCUAGCAUUAAGUUUCCCAAGGACGAGAAGAAUCAUGUUAGUCGGAGGAAUUCCUUAGGACAAUGGUCAGGUGAGAGUCGAAUUGACACCAAGUUAAAAGAAAAAGAGCAUGAUGGUUCAGAUAUGAAAAUGGAUGCUCCAUGUAGGAAAAAUGGGAAGCUUGGCCCUGAACCGAGCCUGAUUCAGGAUUUUGAGGGUGAAAGUAAAGCUGACUUGACAAAAAGAGCACUAAAAAAUGGGAAAUCUAAGUUUUUGCUUUCUUACGGUGAGGGUAAACUAGAAAAAAUAUCCCUGGGUUGUGGACCUGUACCAGGACCCCCGAAAUUGGAUGUAUGUCCUGUUCGUGCACCUGGUGAUGUGUCAAAGGCAUUAAAAGAUUCUGGGAAUGUUGAUAACAAUGGAGUUGAACACAGUUUGGGACAUCAUCUGCCUGAUAGCCAAGGGGUUAGAGAUAUCAAUGCCUCAAGUCCUGUGAGAAUGAUAUCCUCCAGCCAGGCUGCUACAAACACCCUGACAGAAGCCAAAGUUCUUAGAGACACUGCAGAUCGUCUUAAGAGCUCUUGCUUUGGUUUUGAAAGUAAUGAGGCUUACUUCCAAGCUGCCUUAAAGUUUCUUCAAGGAGCUUCACUUCUAGAAACUUGCAAUGGUGAGAGUGGCAGAAAAGGGGAGAUGAACCCAAUCCAAGCGUAUGGCACUGCAGCUAAACUUUGCGAACUCUGUGCUCUUCAAUAUGAAACACGCCAAGAGAUGGCUGCUGCUGCUUUGGCCUACAAAUGCUUGGGGGUGGCAUACAUGAGGGUGGUUUAUUGUAAACAUUCUAGUAUAAGCAGAGAUCGGCAUGAGUUGCAAGCAACUUUACAAGUGGUUCCGCAAGGUGAAUCUCCAUCAUCUUCUGCUUCAGAUGUUGAUAACUUAAACAAUCAGACGACUGUGGAUAAGGGUAGUUUAUCUAAAGGUACUGCUUCUCAUGUUGCUGGAAACCAAAUCAUUGCUGCUCGAAACCGCCCAAAUUUUGUUCGGCUGCUUGACUUUACACAGGAUGCAGAGUCUGCUAUGGAGGCCUUUAGAAAAUCCCAUAAUGCAAUUGCAGCCACUAAUGUAAGCUUGGAAGAGGAACAAAUAAGGGAUUGUGUUACUUCCGUUAAGAGGGUCCUUGAUUUCAGCUUCCAAGAUGUAGAGGAACUAGUACGUUUGGUUCGGAUUGCAAUGGAGGCCAUAAGUCGUUCAAGUUUUGGUGGCACAAGAGAAUAAGUGAACCCUAUAUAUAUUUUUUUCCAGUUUGUUUCCAAUAGUGAGUGGGCAUCAGGAGAAAUAAGGGGAAAAAGAUGCAUACAUAGACCUGCCAUUGGAAACCUGUAAAGAGACAGGUCGUAGAAUGUUCACUACCCCUCUGUACAUGUGUACAAAGUGAGAUUAGCAAAUUUUGUAAUGUAUUUUUGAAUGUUCACCUAGUUCUUGACAUGGACAAGGGCACCUCAAGGCUCAAGUUUCAUGGGCUGGGAAAAGAGGCAUGGAAUUCUUACUUGUUCGUUAACACAAAUUGGAGGUUAUGUAUUAGCCGGUUCUAUAUAUUCUUUUGGCCCAUUGAUUGCAGCUCGAGGGGAAAAAAAUAUUUACAGAGAUAUGAAAUUGUAUAGGCAACCAUUUUGAGGAGGUUGAAUCCUCUGAUAUAGUGAUGGUCAGUCAAUUUUCUGUGAAGUACUUCAUUUUUUAUAUCAUUUGUCGAAAUUUAAGGGAAUGGAAAUCCAAAGAGAUAAUAAGAAUCUGCGGGUAUGUAAUCUUUCAUUUCAUCAAAAUGGCAUUUUCUGAGGAGCUUCUGUUUCUAUUCUUUUCUUUUUGGUGAAUAAUGUAUACUUAUAUACAGGUGUUACUUAACUUCCCGUUGUUUCUAGUGGUUCAGAUGUCAAUUAAUUUCCGCUGCUAAGGAUGGUAUUGGUUUCUUUUGACAACAAUUGAGUAAAUAGAUGCUUGGAUGAGGACACAAAUAUUCCAGUUCUUGCUAGCAGUAGUCCUGCAUAGAUAUGUAAGAGCUCAAGCCAUAUUGUCUUUCUUUCUUGCAAUAAAUGUGGCAUUUAGGGAUUGGAACGAUGUAGGUUCCUCCGAGAAACAGAUUGGAGGUAUUUUUACCUUUAUUAUUUUGUCCUUUUCAGUUGAGAUAGAGUUUGCGAUUUGUGUUCAAAUUUUUUCUCAUUAAUGUUAUGCUUACCUUUUUUUA